UGUAGUGCUUCACACCACACCUAAGUCUCGCGUGAUUUUAUCUUCCGAAUUUUUCUGACUUUUACCUCCGUUGAAACCUAAAAUCCCGUUAUACGCGACAUCGAAUAGAUUGACCUUCACCUGGAUGUUACGAAGUGACAAGCAAUACACAAAAGACUGAAAAGUCUAGAAAAAGGAAGGACAAGGAAAAAGAUGUCUUAUUUUCGUUUCCCCUGCCCUUUAGGGGAAUCGGAUAUGUUAGACUACCACAAGGAUGAUCAUGAUGCUUUAACAGAAAGAUUUAGAAAGACUUUGUAUUACGGAAAGAUGCCCAACACAGAAAGACCCUCGUUACCUCUAACAGAUAUUGCAGUGGAACUGUUUCAAGAAAGAGCUCCUCGUAAACUUGGAAAAAUUGACCAAUAUAUGGUGGCUGCCGCAAGCAGAGAGAACUGUAUAUCUCCUUCUACUAUGAUGAUGGGUAUGAUCUAUACUAACAGACUUCAGACAAAGAAUCCGGAAUACCUACAACAAAUAUCCUCCUCUGACCUCUUUCUUAUUUCAAUGAUGAUGGCUUCCAAGUUUAUGUAUGAUGAAGGUAUAGAUGAAGAAGUCUUUAACGAUGAAUGGGCAGACUCAGUUGACAUGGAAACAGAGGAAAUUAAUCAAAUGGAACGAGAAUUUCUAUCAGCCAUUGACUGGAAUUUAUUUGUUAGUGACAAAGAAUUCGGCAAGGUGCUUCAUAACAUUGAAACAAGGAUAGCGUUACAAAAUGGAAUAGACAGGGGAUGGUUUACGUAUACAGAUUUAUUGGUGCUAUCACAUGAUGCUAAAUUCCUGGCCAUUAGUCAGGAAAUCUCCAAGGUCAUACUGGUUUCCUCCUUGACCUACCUGACUGGUAUCCUAACAAUGAUUGGUUCUACAGUGUUGGUAACUGCUGCUACAGCAACAUUAGGUCCCAUCAUCCUACAUUCACAAGGCAGAUUAACUCCCCUUCCCAUCACAGGUGUGCUUCCUGUUAGAGACGCUAUCACUGAUGAGAAUGUGACACAGGAAGAACCUAAGUUACCAAUUGACCAAAAACCAAGUUUUACCAAAGAAUCCAUUGAUUACAUGUUAGCAGAAUUGAUGACUGUUGUGUCUUUACCCACCACAUUUGUCAAGUUCUGGUACUCAGCAAUGGAUCAAAUUAAAUCAGGAACAGUAUCUUCAAGUGCAAAGGAAAAACAAACACAGAACUUAUUUUGUUCAAACGGGCCUUGCCUUCCUUCGUCUGCUAGACCUAAUUGUAAGAAUGUAACUGAAGAUUCACAAGAAUGGGAUUUAUGGGACUAUUGUACCGAUUGCCAAUCAUGUCAGAAAAACUCUCGGCGGAAUCUACAACACGGAAAACAAAUACAGGGUGCUUUGAAUGACGAAAUGUCAGGACUUCGAAUGUGCAAGAGCCAGAAAUUUGAUUGCGCUGUUAAAUGUUGUUGUGAACAGGGAAGCAGUUGGACGUUAACUGAUACUCUUUCUAGUACUAUGUUUCCAGAUGUACCUGGCUUUAAUACUGGUUUACAUUUUCCUAUAUAUGUAACAACUUAACAGUACAAGUGGCAGUAAAUUUUGUCCUCCACCAUUUAAAAAUUUUGUAAUUGUCAGUAUAAAUACUUUAAAAAAUUAAACAAAUCAAAUAUUGGCAAAUAUCUCACC